AUGGCAACGUACGGACUACGAUCAUCAGCCAACAUGUGGCUACCAGUCGAAAAAGAUGAAGUCAAGUCUGCCGAGGAGGCUUAUGCAAGCACGCAGCUGGUUCCGCACCAACUAUUUUCAUUCCAUAAUAAGCUUGUCCAGAAGCUGGACCACUCAAUGGUUGUUGAUGCUUGGCAUCAUCUUCGCAUGCUAGGUGGCCCGUACAAGGAGGAAAUGGAGUCGUUUUUUCGACUCAAAUACUUACCAACGACCAGUCUAUGUAUUCAUGGCUACGAUCUCCUUAUCUAUUUGAAGUUUGUCAAGGUCUCCGAAGACCAGAAGUUCGUGAUCUACGAAUAUGAUACUACCUAUGAGGAGCCCGCAGACGGCCAGAAGUGGGCGUCGGCCUACGCGAGUUGCCCUGGGAGUAACCGCAUUGCGACGCGCCUCAUAUACGGGCAUAGUCUUAAUGUGCCACACAUCACUGCGGGAAUGGUGAAGUUAGGAAACUUCCAUAUGACUGCCCGCAACCCCCGGCGAAUCACUUUCGAGUGGCUCCCAGUCAUUCAAGCCUUCUUCAAGGCCUAUCGAGAGUCCAUUUUGAUGGAGCAAUACAAGUACAUGACUCGCCACACCUACACCGCGAACCCACGCCCGUCUGAGCGAUUUACGGCAAGCACUCGUAAGACGAAUUACGAUGACGAGUAUCAUGAAAUCAUUGUUCCCCCCUUCCCGGGUGACGAUGUUUUCAGCCCCCCGGGCAUGGAAAUCUGUUAA